UCUUGGGCGGUGCUAUGGGUGGUAGGAAUGUGGGCGAGGUCGCAGGUGGUGUGUGGAAAUGGUGGUAGAUGGUGCUAUCAAUGGCUACACGGCUUGGGCUCAAUGGUGACUACUUUGUUCGGCGUCAGAACAAUCCAUCCGUGUGGCCGGGCUUUAAGGUGCGAACAUGGCGAGAGACUGGGUCUGUCGCAGAGUGUGUGUGAGCGAGAGUAUCGAGGUUUCUGCACAGAACACCAUGGUUGGUGGGCUUGUUGGGCUGGGUGAAAUGUCUGCUAUGGGUGGUGAAGGUCAAGACACUGCGGCUCGUCAUCUCCGUCGCAGCAGCAAGUGCUCGGGCCAUGUGCAGGUGGGAUGUUACAGCCACAUGUGGCGCAGUCAUCCUCCAUGCCAUCCUCCACAGCUCAUGUUUAUUGCCAGCUAGGCAUUCGGCUAUCUGAAGACAUCCCUCUCUCU